UGUGAUUUACAGUUUGUUACCUCCCACUGUGUGCUGUUGCAUAAAUACCAGAGCAAUGCAGUGUACGGCUUCACACUUCAUGGUAAUAAUGCAGCAAGAUGUACAGAAGAGCAGGGAAGUGGGAUCAAGUGUGUUAAAGUGCUGCUUUCAUGCAGGACCAGCCUGUGGAUUCGUUUCCAGUACCUGGAUUAAUGUUUGACUUCCUUCCAGGGACUCGGAGAGGGAGGCACAGAGGGACAGAAAAUCAUGCUGUAGGCCAGCUUGUCUGUAAUCCUGGCAGAUCCUAACGUGCAAAAAAUAUAAAGGGACAAUGGCUGACUUGGCACCAAUAGAAGGGACCCCUGCAAAGCUUGAGCUGUGUCCAGACUGUGGGCAGCCUCACCUAAGAACUGAAAAUCACAUCUACAACUUCCAGGAUGAGGUGGACGAUGAGCUGGUCUGUCACAUCUGUCUCCAGCCGCUUCUGCAACCCAUGGACACACCUUGUGGUCACACAUACUGCUACAAGUGCCUGAAAAACUUUCUACAUCAGAAGGACUUUUGUCCUAUGGACCGCAAGAAGUUAUGUUUUCAGGAUUGUCACAAGUCCAGCCUUCUGGUGAGAAACCUGUUGGAUAAGUUGAGUGUCAUCUGUCCAUUGCUAGAAGAAUGCAAACAGGUCAUGCAGCGCUGUGAGCUGGAGCCCCACCUACGCAACAGGUGUGCAGGUUUCCGAAAACAUAAGGGAGACAAAGAGAGGAAGAGCACCCCAGGUGGUGUGGGCAAGGGUCCCUCUGAGAAUGAACGCAGCCAAGCAAGUGACAUCUCCAGUGUCCUGGCAGAGUCAUCCCUGGCUGCAGUGGUGGCUCUGGCAACAUCUGAGCCAGGUCUAGUUAAUCCAGCAUUUGAUGAACACGAUGAUGAUCAACCUCACAGAACAAGUCUGGUAGCAGAGACGAGCACCAUAGAGAUACAUCGUGAUGACACUGAAGAGGAGCUUGGCAUGCGCAUUGUGGGGGGCAGAGACACUCCUCUGGGCAAUAUUGUAGUGCAGGACAUACUAAAAGACUCUUUGAUUGCUACUGAUGGCAAAAUUAUGCCAGGAGACCAUAUCCUAGAGGUCAAUGGCAUGAACAUUAGCAGUGUAUCCCACAGCCAAGCCAUUGCUUUGCUCCGCCAGCCCUCUACUGUCCUGCAUCUCACAGUGUUGCAGGAGAAAGGCUUCUCUCAGAGGUCUCAGCGUGCAGAGAGUGGUACCCCAUCUAGUCUUGGCAAGGAGGUCAUCCAAGUUGCGUUGAUGAAGCGGGAUCGAUCUGAACCUCUUGGAAUUAAGCUGGUCAGAAAAAACGAGGAACCUGGAGUUUUUGUUCUGGAUUUGUUAGACGGAGGACUUGCUUCAAAGGAUGGGAGACUGAAGUGUAAUGAUAAGGUGCUGUCUAUCAAUGGUCAUGAUCUCAGACAAGGAACUCCUGAGACAGCAGCACAGAUCAUUCAGAUAAGCGAGGCACGAGUGAACUUUGUGGUCCUCAGACAAACCACACCACAGCCCAUAGAUAUAGAAGAUGGGACUUCAUCAGGUAGCAGCAGUAGCAGUAGCAAUGGAGGAAGCCCUGUGCAUGCACGCAGGAGACAGGGUCAGCAGUCAAGCCAGAGGAGAUCCACACAUCAGAGGGAUCAACUUCCUGUACUUUCUGGCCAGGAAAAGACUCUCACCCUGAAGAAAGAGCCAAGAGAAUCUCUGGGAAUUACCAUAGGAGGAGGCCGUGACCAUAAAAAUAGGCUCCCUAUCUAUGUGUCCAGUGUUCAGCCAGUUGGCUGUCUAUUCAGGGAUGGGAGAAUUAAAAAAGGUGAUGUUCUUCUUCUUAUAAAUGGGACUGACCUGACUAGCUUGAGCUAUAUGGAUGCAGUUUCUGCUCUGAAGUAUAAUGCUGCUUCACACACUGUGGUCCUGAAGGUAUUGGAGCUAGCACCCACAGAGCGACAAGGAGAGCCUACGGAGGGAGGUGCUGAGGGCAUGAGGGACCCUGGUGGCAUCUGGUCUCCACUAUGGAUAAACUGGCUUGGCCUUCCAAGCUGCUUGCACUGGUGUCGACACAUUUCUUUACGGAAGAGAACUUUUGAAAGCUGGGGGUUCAGCAUUGUUGGUGGCUAUGAAGAAAACAAAGGGAAUCAGCCAUUUUUCAUUAAAACCAUUGUACCAGCUACUCCAGCAUUUUUUGAUGGGCGAUUAAAGUGUGGAGAUGAGAUUGUUGAAGUCAAUGGUGUUUCUGCCAUGGGAAUGAGUAACGCAGAGCUGAUCCCCAUGUUGAAAGAGCAGAAGAACAGGGUCACGCUGACAGUGGUCUCCUGGCCUGGGAGUCUCGUAUAAGUCUGGAACUUUUAUUUUUGUUUUUCACAAAGUCUGAGACCUUUUUAGAAACCUUAACGUGUUCAUGGUUUGCCACGAAGUAGACCAAUUUAUUUUUAAGGACAAGAUUUUAAAUAUUUAGUGUAGAUAUCUGAAUCACAGAUGAAAAGCUUCACACUAAGUAUAAAAAUGAUUGAUACAGCAUUUCUUGAAAAAAUUAUCAAUUAAAUAAGGAUAAAGGGUUACUACUACCAUUCAGACAAUCCACUGAACUUGCACUUUCCACCUUCAGUGAUCUUCCUAAUGAUUUUAUGUGUCAUUGAUAAAUGAAGUUUGCUGUUACACAGCAUUGUUAUUUUACAAUAAGUAAUAUUGCCUUAAUUUUUGUCUACCUACCCAUUUUGCCUUUAAUUUAUAUAAGGUAUACCAGCUGGUACUAUGAAAGGGGUUUCUGUAGAUGACCAGUAAUGUGUAUUGUCCGCUGCAGCCGGUUUUUAAAGAAUUCUUAAAACAUUUAACAGGGAUGUGUAUGUAGUAUAUAUGCUGGUCUCUGACUUGGGUCUGUCACAGUCAACUUUCUUUCUAAAUUACAUUUUACCAACAUCUUGUGA